AUGUUAUGUCAUGUAAGACCCCAUUAUAGCAGACUAGAGCUAAAGGUUCUCUUUGUGGGCUUGAUGAACUCUGGCUUCUCUGAAAUCGGCUUCUCUAAUAGAGGAAACCUGAGGAAGAUCAGCAGUUUGAAAACCAUGGCCCAGGUGCCAUUGACAUUCAGUGAUGUUGCCAUAGACUUCUCUCAGGAGGAGUGGGAAUGCCUAAAUUCCGAUCAGAGGGAUUUGUACAGAGAUGUGAUGUUGGAGAAUUAUACUAACUUGGUCUCACUGGACAUUGAUUUUACAACUGAGACCAACAAGUUAUCUUCAGAAAAAAGCAGUUAUGAAGUAAAUUCAUACCAUCGGGAGACAAUGAAAAAAAGUAAAACCUUCAACCUUAUGAGGUUUAUUUUCAGAAAUGACCCACAGUGCAGAAUUGAAUUUGGGAGAGAACAGGCGCCUAACAUGGGAUGUUUUAGUCAAAUGACAUUUAUAAAACAUAUAUCUCUUCCUCUACAUCAGAGAAUUCACCCUAGAGAGAAAUCCUAUGAAUGUAAGGAAUGUAGGUGGGGCUUUAGAAAAUAUUCACACCUUACCAAGCAUUUGAGAGACCAUAGUGGUGUGAGACCCUAUGAAUGUAACGAAUGUGGAAAAGCCUUUAUAGUUCUCCAGCAUUUUAUUAGACAUAAAAAAAUUCACACUGAUUUAAAACCCUAUGAAUGUAAUGGAUGUGAGAAGGCCUUUAGGUUUUAUUCACAGCUUAUUCAACAUCAGAUCAUUCAUACUGGUGUAAAACCCUACGAAUGUAAGCAAUGUGGGAAGUCUUUUAGACGUUAUUCUCACCUUACUGAACAUCAAAAAAUUCAUAUCGGUUUGAAACCCUAUGAAUGUAAGGAAUGUGGGGAAACUUUUAGAUUGUACCGACAUAUGUGCCUACAUCAGAAAGUUCAUCAUGGUGUGAAACCCUAUAUAUGCAAGGAAUGUGGGAAGGCCUUUGGUCAUCGUUCAAGUCUUUAUCAACAUAAGAAAAUUCAUUCUGGUGAGAAACCAUAUAAAUGUAAACAAUGUGGAAAGGCCUUUGUUCGCAGCUAUCUACUUAUUGAACAUCAGAGAAGUCAUACUGGCGAGAAGCCGCAUGAAUGUAAGGAAUGUGGGAAGACCUUUAGCAGGGGUUCAAGCCUUCUUAAACAUAAGAGAAUUCAUAGUAGUGAGAAACUCUAUGAUUGUAAGGACUGUGGGAAGGCCUUCUGUAGAGGCUCUCAACUUACACAACAUCAAAGAAUUCAUACUGGCGAGAAGCCACAUGAAUGCAAAGAAUGUGGAAAGACAUUUAAGCUUCAUUCGUACCUUAUUCAACAUCAGAUAAUUCAUACUGAUUUGAAACCGUAUGAAUGUAAACAAUGUGGGAAAGCCUUCAGUCGUGUUGGAGACCUUAAAACACAUCAGUCAAUUCAUGCAGGGGAAAAACCCUUUGAAUGUAAGGAAUGUGGAAAAACCUUUAGACUUAAUUCUCAACUGAUUUAUCAUCAGACAAUUCACACUGGUUUGAAACCAUAUAUAUGUAAAGAAUGUAAGAAGGCCUUUGGUUCUAUCUCAGGUCUUUCUCAACAUAAGAGAAUUCAUACUGGUGAAAAACCCUAUGAAUGUAAAGAAUGUGGUAAGGCCUUUAAUCGUAGUGAUCGACUUACGCAACAUCAGAGAAUUCAUACUGGUGUGAAACCAUACAAAUGUAAGGAAUGUGGAAAGGCCUUUACUCGUUGCUAUCAACUUACUCAACAUCAAAGAUUUCAUAGUGGUGAGAAACUCCUGAUGUAA